AACAACGUAGUGAAGCAGGUGGGCAGGUGUGUCGAGCAACCCAGAGGUGAGAGGAAGAAAGCGCCUGUGCCCAUUUGCUUUACCACAAAGCAUCUUUGUUUUGCUCUGAUAUCGAAGGUUUGUUUUGCUGCCGUCCCGCUCUCCUCCCAGCCAUGGCAUAAAGCACGAGGUAAGGACAUCUUUCAUCUCCUGUACUCCCACGAGAAGAUGGGAAGGGACGUCUCAGCCCUGCGGAGCUCCCUGCCAGCCCCCAAUGUGUUCGGUUUGAAUGUGAGCGUGUACAGGGACACUUGUGCGUUGAUGGAGCGGCCUCUGUGGGGUCUGUCUCCCGAGACCUGAUUCCCGACGCUUACGUGGGGAAGCCAGACAAGCAGCCUAAGAACGUUCGGAAAGGUAAAAAUGGAAUGUUUGAGAAGCUGCAGCCUGAUCUAACCUGUUAGAGCAAGAAGGAAUGGAAAUGGCGAUUAGACAGUUAUAACGGCCUGUCCUCCAGUAGAAAUGUUCCUGUCUGGGGCCGCAGCGGGACGGCGCUUGGUGUUUUCUGGAAGAACUGAGGCUCCUCACACCCUCCGAUUUAACAAGGUAGGAGCUGUUGGAAACUGGACUUUUAAUAAUCAGGGUAAUUAGUGCUGGUCACCGAGGCUGGACAAGAGCAGGACCCGCAGCCGCCCCUUGCAGGGCGAUGGGGCACGAUCGGCGUCGGCUCUCAGCUCCGGGGGUCCCCAGGUGACCCCAAAACCCCGUUGUCAUCAGGGCCCCGAGCAACGGGCCGGAUCCCCAGGACACAUCGAGCAGCCGGAUACCGACACGAAAAGCCGCGGAUGCAAACGACGGGGCGAGGAUUAAACCCACAGCCAUUAGAAUGCAAAGUCACGUCUGCCUCGUGUCCCUCCCGCACCCGAGCGAUUCGGAGAGCCGAGCCGCGAGCUCCGCUUGUUCCUCCGGUGUUUGAAACGGGAGGAGACGCCUGAAACUCCGCGGCGAGGAAUCCCGAGCCGGCCGCGCUUCGCAUCUGCAGCUUCUUUUAUUUGCCGCAGCCGAAAUACAAUUCUACAGAGAAACAUCUCGCUCGAAGGUCGGCUGUUGUUUUACAGGCAUGCGGGUUUCCAGAGUUAAUUAUUCAUUCCAAAUUAAGGCCUUUGCAGCUGUACGUGGAGCGCGAGAUGGCACGAGAUGCGGCGGGGCCGCGGAAAAGCGACUCGUCGGGUUGUUAGCGUGGAAAGAAGGGAGUUAAUGUGAAUUGUAACUCAUGGAGUGUCAGCAGGAUGAAAUGAGAUCUCCCACCUCUCGCUGAAGGUGUUUUUUGGAGGUGGGGAGAGGAAAGCUAAUUUUGAAUAAUAACAAGCUCGGCGAGGCAUCUGAAACCAGUAAACGUUUAUUUUUUACACUCCUAUAACUUAAAAAUGGCCAAACCAAUUUAAACCAAAUUGGAUAAUAAAAAAUACUGCUCCUAGGCUGAGCCCCUCUAUGCCAAGUUCCAGCCUAGAAUGAAUUUUUAUGACCAAAUUAUAAACCCCCUAGAAAUGAAGGUUUAAAAUGGAAAUGUUGACAGACCUUUAACUACAAAAGCGCUAUCAUAGAACUUCUUUUUUUUUUAAUAUAUAUAUAAAAUGGCCGCUUUAAAAUAUAAUUAAGACUUAAAUAUUAUUGAAUAGCGGCGUUUCCUGUAGGUUGGAAUCUUUUCUCGCCGCUCUGGCCGGGAUUCAGCAGCUCUUUGUGUUUGGAGCCCGCGCGGACGCGCGUCUGUCCGACAGAAAACGGCCCCAAACUGCCGAAUUCUAGACAAUAAAUACAAGUGGAACUUAACUGGGGGUGUCCUCCCCCUUUUCCCGCUGCUUUUUGCGCUCCUCCCUUUCAUUUUGCAGGUGAAUGAGCUUCCCCCAUCACCCAACACCCCCGGGAUGGAGCUGCGUUAGAGCGGCGCAGAGACCUGUGUCAUCGCCUUCGUCUGUCGGGGUGACAUCUUCUGCGCUGGUUUCUUUGUUAAACCGUCAAUGGAUGCAGCAAAAUUGAGCCCGAAGAGGUGAAAAGCACCUUGAGCUCACAUUAGUUCCGUUGCAGGUCGGGUUUACCCGCGUUGUAACUCGGGGUUUUUGCCCCCGCGAUGGCUCUUGGGCACAAACCCUCGUUCGGGUUUCUUAACCGCAGCGGCGAUGGAGAGAAGCGAUGGCACAUCUGGAUUCGAGGGGAGGUUUACAAACGAGGACCACCUGGCGGUUCAUAAACACAAGCAUGAGAUGACAUUGAAAUUCGGCCCGGCUCGAACCGACUCCGUCAUCAUCGCAGAUCAGACGCCGACCCCGACGCGGUUCCUGAAGAACUGCGAGGAGGUGGGGCUGUUCAACGAGCUGGCCGGCUCCUUCGAGCACGACUUCAAGAGGGCGGCCGAGGAUGACGACAAAAAGAGCGCCGGAGCCCUGGACAUGUCGCUGCCGUCCACCCCGGACGUCAAGAUCAAGGAGGAGGAGCCGGUGGAGGUGGACUCGUCCCCGCCGGACAGCCCGGCCUCCCGCCCGCCGUCCCCGCACAACAGGGACAAGGAGAUCGUCCCCAAGCCCGUCAUCAUUUCCACGCCGACUCCGACCAUCGUCCGGCCGGGCUCGCUGCCGCUGCACUUGGGGUACGACCCCCUGCACCCCACGCUGCCCUCCCCGACCUCCGUCAUCACCCAGGCCCCCCCCGCCAACAGACAGCUGGGGUCUCCCACAGGUUCCCUCCCGCUUGUGGUGCAGCUCGCGAACGGACAGACCAUGCCCGUCCUCCCAGGCCCUCCCGUACAGAUGCCUUCUGUUAUAUCGCUGGCGCGGCCCAUGCCCAUGGUGCCCAACAUUCCCGGCAUCCCCGGACCACCCAUCAACACCAGCGGCUCCAUUUCACCGUCGGGACUCCCGGUUCACUCCGAAGCCAAAAUGAGGCUGAAGGCCAGCUUGACGGCAUCUUCCUCGCUCAACGGCAGCAACCUGGUGGUGGGUUCAGCCAGCACGCUGGUGCCGGCGCGGCCGGAGCAGAGCCAGAUCCUCGUCCAGCACCCAGAUGCCCCUUCCCCGGCUCAACCCCAGGUUUCCCCCGCCCAACCCACCCCCAGCACCGGCGGGAGACGGAGACGCACGGUCGACGAGGACCCGGACGAGCGUCGACAGCGGUUCCUGGAGCGCAACCGCGCGGCCGCUUCGCGCUGCCGCCAGAAGCGCAAGCUCUGGGUGUCCUCCUUGGAGAAGAAAGCGGAGGAGCUCACGACGCAGAACAUCCAGCUGAGCAACGAAGUGACGCUACUGAGGAACGAAGUCGCUCAGCUCAAGCAGCUCCUGCUGGCGCACAAGGACUGUCCGGUCACUGCGCUACAGAAGAAGACACAGGGCUAUCUCGAGAGCCCGAAGGAGAGCGCGGAGCCCACGGGCUCCCCGGCGCCCGUCAUCCAGCACAGCUCGGCCCCCAACGGGCUCAGCGCCCGCUCGGCCGCCGAAGCCGUCGCCACCUCGGUGCUGGCGCAGAUGGCCACGCAAAGGACAGAACUGGCGCUGCCGGCGCCGGCACCGGCCCCGGUCAUCAUGGCCCCACAGUCCCAAUCCGCCGGUAGAUGAUGUCCCGGCAGAGCCCACCGGAGAGACUCACCACAAACAACCCCGCCGGGAUCCAGUUCUUCUUCUUCUUCUUCUUUUUGGUUUAUUUUGUUGGUUGGUUUGGUGUUUUUUCAAGUUGAAGGGCAGCUACGGCUUCUCCUACCGUUCGGCUCCAACCGCGGCGCCACCCUCCGCUCCACGAGCCGCCAGAUCGGACCCAAACGCUUGGAAAACCCCCAAAAAGGGUCAUUUUCAAGCAGCGGUUGCGUUAACACUAAAACCUCCAAGCCUGGGGGAGCCCCCUUGGCGCUUCCGCUCUUGGGGCGUCCCCCCGUCCCUCCUUGUCCUCUCGGUGACGGGAAACCCGGCUGUGACGUUGAGUCGGUGUGUUGUAAUUGGAACAACGUGUUGCUUCCAGGCUCCGGCUCCACCACCUGAACAAAACCCCCCGGAGGCCGAAGGAUUGAGGUUCAUCCCACCACAAACUCGCUCCCGAGAUCCCAACGGGUUGUUUUGGAAGCAACAAAUCGCCAUCAAUGGGUUUGUGUUGGGGACGCGGGGCUGGCGGUGGGGGGGACACGCUUUGCUGGUGUCAACGUGCUGGUGACACCGAAGGAAAAGGGACCGUCCGUCUGUCCUGGCAGCGCUCGGGCUCCCCUACGCUCAAUUGGUGCUGAGCUGGGAAUACCACGAGCCCCAAAUUCUGCUCCCAAAUCCACCCCACAAACCCCAUUCCCACCAUCGUCUCCUUUCCGUAACCUCAACGACCGUAGGAUCGGUGCCUUAAAUCCCUCGCCUGUCGCACCCCGUGGCGCCUCUUUUUCCCACUUUUCCCUCUUUUUCCCCCAUUAUCUCCCGCUCUGGGCGACGGAGCAGCCGCCGCUCCCCAACCGGAGCACCCGCAGCGCUUCCAAUUCCACAUCGCCGGCGGCAAAACCACCCUCGCCGUUGGUAAAACCCGCGGCGCCGGAGCCACCCGCUCUUCCUCCUCCUCCUCCUCCUCCUCAGGUCGCACUCGCCACUUUUGCGCCAAGUUUGGGUCAAAGCGCUCGGUUUCCUGACCCGUGGGCUCCGUCUUCUCCAGGUUUCCCAGCCGCGGUGUCUCCGGGUUCCUUUUCUCCGCUCUCCCUGGUUUUUCUCGCUCGUCCCCAUUGUCACUUUAAGUGUCACCGGUGUCACUUCUGCCCCUGGCGCUUCUGCUUCAUUCACACCCCCCCGGACCCGCCGGUUGCUUCUCUAAAGCGUUUUCGGCUUUAAUGUAUUUCAGCUCUUAACACCCCCAUGGGUUCGUGUUCAUGGGGGGGGAUCGGGACACCCUAAAGCUGGAAUAAAAGGGGAAUCGGGAGCUUUUUAGGGGCUGGGGGUGCAGAAAACCCACCCCAAAAAAGAGGUAAAACCACCCCGUUUUGAGCAAAAGGAUUUACGAGGCGCUCGGAACCAAGCGUCCGUCUGUCUGUCCAUAAGAGCGGGAAUGACGGAAACGCAAUGGAAAGCCGGUCGGGUCCCCGUCCUUUGUGGGGUCGGGACGAGGGGACAGCGAGGUGACAAUUCAGGGCAGCGUUUGCGUGGAACGCAGCAGCUUCCCCCUCUUAUUGUUACCUUUGGGGACUAAAAACGACCCGGUUUUGUGUGACGGGAGAGCCGAGAGCAGCCGUGUGUCCCACCAAAGCGGUUGGGGGGUCUGGAGGUGUCCCCAAUGUCCCCGGUGUCCCCUCGAACCCUCAUUGCAUGUUUUUCGCCUUGAAAACACGCGAACCACUGAAAACGCCGCCUCCUCCUCCUCCUCCCCCCCCCCGACUUCCCCAGCGCACGGACACGCUUCACUUUGGGAUAUUUUGGGUUGGAAAGAUGGGGUUUCCAACAGGUUGGUGCCGCAGGGCCCCCCCCGCCCCUCGCCGGCCUCCAGAUCCCUCAGCAUUGGGGUCUGUGGGGUUUUUGGGGGGUUCAGUGCCGCCGUCUCCCCCCAAACCGGCCCCUUGGUUCCCAUUCCAGUGGCUCAGCUGGGGAACGUGUCACUUUUAGACUUGUGGACCCGUUUCUCUUUGUCCCCCCCCCAUUUUGGCAGCGGUGACGCUCUCAGGCCCCAAAACACACCCAGGAGGUGACAGAGGGACCGACGGUCCCCGUGUCCCCUUGUCCCCCCCCCAGCUGCUUUGUAGCACGAGCUUUGACGAUCAAUAAUGGAAGAAGCCAAGAAAAAAUGACCCCCCCCCCCAAAAAAAAGUGUAACCAGGAGGGUGUAGUAUCUAUAAAACCUACAUAUCUAUGCGUAUAUACAGACUAUAUAGACAUAUAUCGAACGGAUGCGCAGCUCUUUACGCUGGGUUUUGAGCUGUAGACCCCCCCCAAGUGUCCCCCCCCGGCACGGGCUCCUGUGAGCGGGUCCUCACAGGGACCUGGGGACACGGGGGGACACGGGGGGACACAUCCCACCCCCCCCGCCACCUCGUACCAAACAUGUAAUGUGCCUUUUAUUUAUGCUGCAAAUAUAACAUUAAAAUAUUACCCAGGA